UUGUUUUGUCGCUGUUCGAGUGAAUGGAUGCGAUUCAAGUAGUUUAAAAGUGAAAUCUGUGAUAUUUGUGACUUUAUAGAAAGUGUACAACGGUUUAAAAUGAUACACUUUGAUUCGUACAGCAUUUAUUUGGUUCUUUUUUAUUUUGUAUCACAACAAUUUUGUGUACAUGGAGCACUAAUUCCAAAUCCAUCAAGUCAAUCACCAAACUGUGGUGUGCAAUUAUUUGAAGAUCGGAUUGUAGGUGGAAAUGUCACGUCUUUGUAUGACUACCCCUGGAGCGCUAUCAUACGAUACCAUAACGCGAGGAAGCGAUUCGAUUCGUGGGGUUGUAGUGGCUCGUACAUUGGUGGACGAACAGUAGUGACUGCAGCUCAUUGUGUGGACAGCGCAAGCAAACGUGACUUGGGUGAAAUAGUAUUUUUAAGGUUAGGUGAAUAUGAUACAGAGAACAAUCCCGAUUGCAUUGGUUAUGGAGAUGAUAAAGCUUGUAACGAGACACCAUUUGAUUCUCCUGUAACAAGAAUUGUGAUCCAUCCAAAACGAAGCGAUUCAUCCAAAGAAUACGACAUUGCUAUUAUCAUAUUAGAAAUAAAACCUCCAUAUACGGAUUUUAUUCGUCCAAUUUGUUUACCAGAUUUAGCAGAAAAAGACCUAAUCGAUACCAAUGAAAUAUUAUAUGUAACAGGAUGGGGUUGGACAAUUGGAUACGUCCGUAGUCCGAGCAAUAUAAAACGACACGUGCGAAUUGAAGCUGUUCAGUAUGACAUCUGUCGACAACAGUAUGAGAAAAUUUUAUUGAAUCCUAACUCCCAGCUGUGCGCUGGAGGCCAGAGUGGAAUGAAUCCUUGUCGGGGUGACAGCGGUGGUCCACUAAUGAGGCUUGUAAGAGGCAUUUAUUGGCAACUGAUUGGCUUGGUGUCAUUUGGACCGGGAGUAUGUGCAAUCGAGGGGGUGUCUGGCAAAGCGGCUGUUUUUACAAAAAUCAAUUAUUUUAUUCCGUUUAUUGUUGAAAAUUCCCUGUAGAAACAUCC